UGUUGCCCUGCAGAGAUCCUCAUCCGCUUUUUGCUUCUCACUCGACCACCAUCUUCUCGCUAUCCUUUGUGUCGUUUGGUUGAUAUUCUACUCGACAUAAUGUCUGCGAACGGUGUAUCCAUACCAGCAGGCGCGUCUGCCGCUGUUCUCAAGCCCUCCGAACCGGUGCCGGACGUCGCAAUUUCGGUGGAAGGGCCGAACUUCGACAAAGCUGUUUCUCUCACCCAGCUGCUAGACAGUUACAAGCGCAUCGGCUUUCAGGCAAGCAGUCUGGCAAAAGCAAUCGAGGUCGUUAACAAAAUGCGAAAAUGGCGGCUUUCGGACGAGCCUCUCACAGAGGACGAGUCGGAAGAAUAUCGUUCCCAGGAAGUGCGGGAACAGACCCGAUGCGAUGUGUUCCUGGGCUACACCUCCAACCUCAUUUCGUCUGGGCUGCGCGAAGUCAUCCUGCACCUCGUGAAGCACAAACACGUCAGAGCGAUCGUGACCACAGCUGGGGGCAUCGAGGAAGACUUUAUCAAAUGUCUAGGCAAGACGUACCUGGCUGACUUCAACCUGGACGGCGCGGACCUGAGGCGACGGGGAAUGAAUCGCAUCGGGAACCUCAUUGUGCCGAACGACAACUACUGCAAGUUCGAGGACUGGCUCACGCCUAUACUGGAUCAGAUGCUUGCUGAGCAGAAGGAGACCGGGGAGGUGUGGUCGCCCAGCUCCUUCAUUAGGAGGCUCGGGAAGGAAAUUAAUAACGAAGAGUCUGUGUACUACUGGGCUUACAAAAAUGACAUCCCGGUAUUUUGUCCUGCCCUGACUGACGGGUCAUUGGGCGACAUGAUCUACUUCCAUUCCUUCAAAAACCCCGGUUUGGUCGUUGACAUCGUACGCGAUAUCCGCGCCCUCAAUGAAUUGUCCCGCAAGUCGAAGAAAGCAGGGAUGAUCAUUCUUGGUGGUGGUGUCUGCAAACACCAGAUUGCCAACGCGAUGCUCAUCCGCAACGGAGCCGACUUCUCGGUGUACAUUAACACUGGACAAGAGUUUGACGGUUCAGACUCCGGUGCCCGUCCUGACGAGGCUGUCUCAUGGGGCAAAAUCCGCGUAGGCUCCGAAUCCGUCAAGGUCUUUGCGGAUGCCACUCUCGUGUUCCCGCUCUUGGUGGCUGCUACAUUCGCCCAAGACGUGUCGAAAGAAACCGAGGCAUAGGGUCGUAUCAAUGCGAAGCGUCGAUGUAAUCCACUUCAAGGCUGGCCAUAGACUCAAUUAAACCAGAUAUAUGUAGCGAUAACGAGUCGGAUGUGUAGCUGUUGGAGUGCACAUGUAUACUACUAGUGUUUGUGUAGAUCGUGUGUUUUGAUUGACUGAAUACUGCCGGCAAGAAAACCCAGCCUUCAGAUUGAA